AUGACUAUCGCAAACUGUACGGUUGCGCCAAUCAAACCAAGCGUAUCAGCCAGCAUUAUUUUCCCUCCACGCGAACUAAAGCACUACCAACGAUGGCAGCGCUUAUGCACCACACUAAGCUCCGCGCAACAAGGUCUUGUCCCUUCAGCCUUGGAAUACGAAAACUUCCAACAAUGGCUCAAGAGGCAGGAUUCUGGCUAUUUUUCUGAUCACUUCGAAGAUUUAUCUGAACACGUCAAACCCCUUCUUCAGGACUCAACAGGGUCCCCAGUCGAACCACCUGUGGCAGUAGUAUGCCAACAUAGGCUACAUCCUGUAGCUGUCGGUCAGUCAUGGCUGCGAUGUCCUGUCUGUACCAUUGAUAUGCAUAUUCGAUACCUGAGAGUCCUCAAACGAGCUCUAGAUAGCGCUGGUGGACGAGCACCAACCUGCACGCUUAUGACAUCAGAGUUUCAAGAAGACGUGUAUAGCGCGUGGCUCUAUGCGAAGAUAUGCGCCGUUCAGGAGUUUUCACGACUCGAACGUAUGGCUGAACAGGAAGCCGACUGGUCACUCCGGCAUUCACGCGUGCAAGGAAAGGAUUUGCAGACGGCGGAGAAAGCGCUACAGCUUUACUGGUCUGAGAUAGGAGGAUGUGACGCGGACAGGUCACGUACGCAUGGGAAAAAGACCGUGGCUUUUAGUGAGCAAACCAGCUUUGAGCUUGGGAGACCUUGUGCAUACUUUUGGCAAAAAUCACCUCGAUAUGAACACGGAAAGUACACAGUCAGCGAGGACCGUGAGGAGGCACAUGCCUCUCCAGACGAAUUUGAACCCGCCAGUCACACCCAAACAGACUGCGCGCAACGAUCGAUCGUAGACGACCAAGCAACCGGAGCAGUAGAUGCCUCGUGUGACGAUGCUGCUGAAAAUCUUCUCGAAGAUGACGAUGAUGACAGUGAUUGGGAGGAUGUGGAGUCCAACGAAGAUGCAGAUUUGUCCUAUUUCGAAGACAGUGAUCUGGAUGACGGAAGCAUUCUGUUCGAGGCCGAAGAGCAAACUGAAUUCAUUGUCUUCGAAGACGAUUGA